CUACCAGCCAGCAGCACCCGGCGUCCUUAAAUCGCAACUCAGACAAGGUCUUGGUCGUCUCUCGCCGCAUUCAACCGCACCGACCGAGGGGCAACAGAAAGAAGAAAAGAAGAAACAUUGCCCGGACAGGCCAUUUCCUACCUUGCGACAACAAUGCUUGCUCCCUAAAACAAACUUGUGCCCCCCCUCCACGAUCGCCUCUUCGAAGCAAGCCCAAGUCACGCCCGGUACAAAAGCCGCAAGUUGUGCUGUUUCCAACGCUACAUCUCCUGCAGUUUGAUCAUCGAAAACGAACUCUUUCUCAAUAAUACCAGGGUCCCCGCCGCCCACUUCGCCUGCUCCCCGGCGUUGUUCUCCUUUUAAAAAUAUCUUCCGGGUGGCUCUCGCUGCAACCCUUGUCCACACGCCACGCAGGCAAAGCGUCAAUAUUUCUACAGACUAGUAAAAGGGAAAUGACCUCGGCGUCUUGAUUUAUUACUUUCUCCGACCGCCCUCUCCGCUCUGCACGGGGUUAUCUUCACUUUUGCUUUCAUCUUUUUCCUCGCCAGCGCGCCUCUCAUCCUAACCACCUGCACCCGUCACGCAAACGAUUCGUUUUCGGGGUCCUCGCUGCUGGCUGCCGCCGCACCGAUUCGCUACCGAACAGCCUUCUCCUUUACGCUGUGGAGAAAUCUGAGCUCGACAUAUCGCCGCCACUGGAUUAUGAGAUUUUGGACGAACUCGGCCUGCACUAUAUUUGUACUAUAACACCCCUGGCAAUUAACGACUCGCCUCGCAGCUGUGCCGCUCGCACAUCGGCAUAUUACACUACUAUACUCCUUUCGUGGGCCCCCGACUGCUUUCAACGUCGCGGAAACAGCCCCCAGCGUCUUGCUUUGGUCUUUCAAUUCUAGCUGAUAUAAUAUCAUAAUAAUGUCCAGACCAUCAUCAGGACAACCCAUCUCGCCGCGAUCGAGCCGAUCGCGCGCGCACAGCAUUUCCAGCGACAGGCCUUCUACCGUCACCCACACGAAUUUAAGCACGCCACCAAUCGUUGUUUCCCCCGAAGCCUCCUUCAUUGCCGGAUCUGCGGCCUCACAAAUUGUUACAAACGACCAUGACAGCCAUGCUGCAGCUUGGUACGAUCAAAACGGCCUCGAGCCGUCUCAGGAGUCCGCAUUGGUCUCCCCUGCGUCUAUGCAGCUAGUGAAUGGGUUCUUAGACCAGCUUCUCUUCAACAUUCUUCAAGUCUCCAGAUCCGUAAACCUUUCGGCUCUUCGACCUGCCGUUUCCGAAGUUUUGAAGCCUAAGCUUGCCAAAGAUGCCAUUGCCAAUGCUGACGAAGAGCUACGAGAGUACUUCGGAGGAUUAGACGAGGAUGAAUAUGCCGACUCUCAAACUCAACAACCUCACGAGUGGGAUUUAGAACUUGCGUGGAAGCGGAUGCGCCUGCGUUGUAUGGUCUACUCCUCAGUAGGAGAUCUGGAAGAGGAGGACGAGGACACGUACAUUGAACAGGAGCACCUCCAAGUUGGCGCAGGGCAGCACAUGGACGACAUUAUUUCACCCGCUGUAGCCAUCUUUUUGACCUCAGUCAUUGAAUACAUGGGCGAGCUUACAUUGACUGUCGCUGGUCAAGCUGCCUAUCAGCGCAUUCGUUCCAAGUCCGACAAAGAGCUCCGGGACGGCACUCUUCGACCCGGCGACCAAGCUGACCAGAUCAUUGUGGAGGAAAUGGAUAUGGAACGAGUUGCUCUGGACCGUACUCUCGGCAGACUAUGGCGAGGAUGGAAAAAGCGCCUCCGUGCACCUGCGGAUGUGGCCCAGCGGCCGUACUCGCGUCAAUCUGGUCACGAUGUCUCCUCACCGAGAAUUGGCACGACCGAGGAGAGCGAUGCGCGCCUUACUCAAGAGCACGCAGGAGACACUAUAAUCGAAGAUGUCCAACCGGCGGACAUCCCCCUCCCAAUUUCCGACAGAGAUGUGGAUGAAAUUGAAGUACCAGGCCUUGUGAGCUAUAGUGAUGAUGACGACGACAUCGAUAUUGAUGAGGACGAUACCUUCGUCACUAGACCGAAAAGCAUGCUCUCUCCAGUGCUAUUCCAGAAUGGAUUGCCUACGCCCCAUCACACCUCACCUAACACACCAAUUCUCUCUCGCAAACGCUCAAAUUCGAUGCCUACAGCUACUAAAGGUCCUUUCUUUUCGAACCAAUUCAAGACGGAGGCGAAUGGCGCCGCUGCGGAGGACGAAGAGGACGAAGCUACCGCGGAAGCCUCCGAGUCACAAGCGAUCGUACGAAAUUCAGCCAAGGCUGUGCAACAAGCAGAGGGCGUCGACGACAGCCACUGGGAUUCAGAUCUCGAUGAAGACGUGGUUUAUGAACAAGCUGAGGUAGUCAUGUCCUCGCGCAUCUCUGUCAGCAGCUCCUCGUCACCGUCACGAUCCGAGGCCGGCCAUAUGCGCAGCCACACACGAGACAUUAGUGUUCAAUCUGCGCGCAUAAUAGACGUUGGCCCUCGUACACCGUCAUUCGGCAGUGGAUCUCCACCCAGAUCAUCUGUUGAUGAUCAAAGCAAGGCAAAGCGAACAAGCGCCACACAAGAUGCCGCUGCUAUGUCGUCGGCAUGGGCGCCUGUUGAGCGACUCCGCAGCGUAGAAGCUGAGGAGAAACACCAGCCAGAGUUCGAUGCCCUCGCAGAAGAGCGCGCAAAGCAAAUCACAAGAGUAGCAGAGCUCACCAAACAGUUUCAAGCCGCUGGGGCUCUUCCGGCUGAUGCUGAUGAAGAAGCAGCUUUGGCUGCUAGAACCUCAUCUCCUGCACAGGAUAGACAAAGUCCCAUAAUGCGAGCGUCACCUAAUGUUAGAUCAGUCAGUGACGCCAUUGAGCCGGCACCUCGACCGGCGCCUACAAGUGAACCUCGAGAGGUUAAUGCUGCUGGAGCGAGAUCCCCUAUGACUUUGGAGAAGCUGAAGACCCAAGAACUAGAUGAGGGCUUUCGACCUCCACAAAAGCUUCAUUCUGCUUCUCCAUCAGUAUCUUCAUUCACUGGUCGUUUCAAGCCUAUGCGCACAUCUGAGGAUAACUCAUCAGCUAGUCGCUCAGAAAGUGUGGCACGAAAUUUCGAGGAGCUGAUUCAAAGCAACCAGACCAUCACAUACACCCUCACUCCAGAGACGAUGCGCAACUUGGACAGUCCAAUUGUGGCCCAAUUCCCAACUAUGGGUGGAGAUGCAAAAUCCCCAGGUCUACGCCAGUCGCCUCUUACUGCCGAGUCUCCAUCCUUGCUUAAGAAUAGAGACCUGAGCAGCUCACCUGUUCCAGAGGAAGAACCAGCUCCUCUUACGGGUCCGAUUCCCCGUGCUCCAACAGGGCUCGCAAUCAGCACUGGCCGUUUCACUGGACCCCAAGCCCGCGAGGCGCGCGCUGUUAAGGAUACUUCUACAGCGGACUUUGCUGAAUUCAUUCGAUCUACUGGCCCUGCCAACAGUGACUACCGACCUGGCCCAUCUGCCAAUGAUUACCGUCCUUUCCCAUCCACUCGCAACGUCACCAGCCCCGUUCGCAGCCCCGUUCGCAGCCCUAUUCGAAGCCCCACGAGCCCUGGUAACCGUUCCGCCAGUGAUAACAUCCCGAGUCCAGUCCCUUCCACUGCCAGUCGCUUCCAAGCCCGUGGUGCUGCUGCCGAAGGCCGAAAUGACAACCGUGAUCUCAUCGACUUCAUCCGCCAAGGUCCCCCAAUCGCAACAUCGAACCACCGAAUUCCGCGUCAUGUUGCGCCGUUCCGUACUACAAUGGAUUCUGAAGAGAUGUCUGGAGUUGCAGGUGGUAAGGCUAUCGAUGCAACAAUCCCUGAUAUUCGAUACAGCCAAUCCUCUACCAACGCCACUGAACAAUCAGCGCAGUCGUCGAUGCACUCCAACGCUGCCCUCUUAAGCAGAUCCAGCAAACUCAACAAGAUGUUUGAAGACGAAAACAAGCCUCCCCAGCGCACUAGACGCCGGGUUCCCGACCCAUAUGCUAUUGACUGGAGCGAUGAGGAAGAGGAGGAGCUAAUGAAUGAGUAUGGAGUACCAAACCCCGAGGUUCAACAGCCAGCUCGCAGCGGUGGUCCCGUCAUUCGUAAAGAGGAGAGCUUAGCUGAAUUCCUCCAAAAUUACGAUCCUCCAAGCGCCCCAACUCCGGCCACAAACAAGGUGCCUAAGAAGAAGGCCAGCGCUCCUAGCUUAAUGGGCCGCUUUGUGCGCAACCAAGUCAAGGAGCCCCCUCUGCCUAUCCCCUCGAUCCCAGCUGAUAGAGACAGCCGAUCACUUCACACCAGUGGAGGUGCCAGCACUAAGAGCGGCCGCGGAUACAUCCCUAUCCAGGUCAAUAUGCCAGCGGGCUAUGGCAAGUACGGUCCUAUUGACGACGCACCCCUGCGCCCCGUGACAACGUCGCGCUCAUCCGUCCCCAUGAAGAAGUUUGAGCCCCGCGAGCCGGCUGGCGCUGGCCGAGCGAGUGAAACCGCCGAACUGGCUGCUUUCCUCCGGAACUCACGCCCUCCCCCAUCUUCUAGCCCGGCGCCGCUAAUGGUUGCGCCGAGAGAAGAGGAAGGCCGCGGUCUGUCCAAGAUGUUUGGCCGCAAGAAGAAGCAAUUUGCUUAAUCUUGUGCAAAUCAACGACACGAUGAUUAUAUCAUGAUACCACCACUAUUAACUAUCCCCCCUUUACAUCAAACCCACGGACUCGCUAUUGAGUCCGCUUGUCACUUAUACUUUUGCCUUUUUCGCGCCUUUUCUUUACUUUUGGAAAUUGACUGCUUUAUUGUUAAUUUUAUUCCUCGGAGUACAUAGUCACGCGGGAUUUAUACCCAUGCUUUGGAUACCAAUACACUGUUUCGCGAUU